AUGGUAUCUGUAUUGCAUGGGUUGGGAUAUAUUGCCAUCUUCGCAACCUUCUUAUUCGUUACCCUUAGCUUAGCAAGCGGUCUUCUGUGGCUGUCGGAGGUCAUUGAAGAGCACUCUACAACAGCAAAGGUUGUUGGGACACGAACCAUAUAUGUUGUUAUCAUUCUGCAUGUACUGCUCUGGCUCAUUGAUUCUUUCCCCUUCCCUCAAAUCGCAUUUUCCAUACUCUGCCAUUGCGUCUACCUCUCGAAUUUCACACCCUCCUGGCCCUUGAUAUCCCUUACCUCCCCCUCUUUCAUAUCUUCGUGUUUGUUAGUACUGACCGACCAUUUCGUAUGGUUCUUCUACUUUUCGAAACGGACGCAUGCAGCCCGGUAUGGGCACGCAAAUUGGAAGCCCCCUCAAGGUGCGCUCACCUUCGCCGAAAUCUCAACUUUUUUCGGCGUAUGCGUGUGGCUUGUGCCGUUGUUUUUAUUCUUAAGCCUGAGUGCCAACGAUAAUGCACUCCCAGUUUCUCACGGUACGUUGGAUGGUGUCCACUCAGCUUCACUCUAA